CACUGGCACUACAAAAACUUUCCGGCAUCCUCACAAAACUUGAGGAACAUCCUUCUGUAGAGCUCCCCUUUCUCGGCCAAGUGGUAAUUGUAACCUGUCUCUGUGCCUUGGAUGUUGAUACUGGCUGUGAUGGGGAAGCUGCAACUGUGCUUUGUCAGCUACUGCCUAUCAUGCGCCGCACUGAUGACAUACUGUGGCAUACUGAAUGGGGACCGGAGGCCAUCCGCAAUGCUCUUGAAGUCCUGAACUUUUCUGCCCCUGUUCCAUCCCUCUUUCAGGACAAUAGUUACAAUGUUGCCAUGGUCUUUGGCGGCUACCUUCCACCAAAAGAGCUCCUUGAAGCAAUGAAUUUCCUGGGAGGAGAUGCUGAAGAUUUCUUUGGGUUUUUUGAUGUCUACUAUCUGUUUCGAGAGUUGAUUAGACAAUUUAGUGGAAAGUCAGUAAUGGUCCAAGAAUUGCUGGAAUUGUUAUAUGUCAAUAGCAAGAGCAGGAAAGACAAGAAAGAGAACAGUGUGGCUGUGUUAGCCAUCUCAGUCCUGGCAACUCUUCACCUUCAGGAGGUGAUCGAUUUCCUUCUAGAACAUUCUUUCAGCAACUGUGAGGCUAUUUGGCAAGCUGUAUUUGACUCUGCUGAUCCUGACCAACUUAUGCAGUUACUGCUGGCUAAGAUGCAGGAGAAGCUGGGAGUGAAUACAGUGGUGCAACAUGCAACCCAGGUACUGCACAAACUCAUGAAGGUUGAUGCAUAUGAAGAUCUCUUCAAAGAUCACUUCUCGAUACUGUUCCUGGCCUUACUGGAGCAGAUUUCAUCAUCAUUUCAGCAAGAUAAGCUAUUGGUGAGAGAGCCCAUGGAAACUCUGCGGCUCCUUGUCCAUACCUUAAGAGCAAGAAGGGAGGAGACAAUAUCCUGCUGGGAGCAACUGAGCUGCUCAGAUGGCUUCAGCCAAGGAUUAUGUGCUUUGGUGAGGGUUCUCAUCAGUGCCUCACAAUUUUGGAUCCCCAAGAUGGUAGACUACCUCCUUUCCAUCAUAGUAUCUAGAGAACCUCCAAAGCUCUAUGAAAUCGCUGUUACAAUUUACACUGAGCUUCUCACGAACAAUAUUAAAUACCUGACGGCUAAUCAAGAGACAUCUGAAUACCUGUUGAGAUGCUUGGACCAUGAUAGCCUGGGAGUACGUAGGCUGAGUCUCCGUGGGAUUUCUUCCCUUAUAUUAGAUUCAGAACUGAUGGAGAACCCCUGGUGCAUGCAGCUUGCUCUCCUGAAUGCCCUGGGCACCUCGAAGCCAGAUGUUCUGCCUCGGGUGAUUGAGCUACUAGAGUCUGUUCUCCCGAAGGUCACCGCUGAAGUUGGCUCUGGCUAUGUAAAAAUGUUGGCUGCUACAUACUGCACCCUCAUUGGUCAUGAAGAAGCAACAGUUAGAGCAGCUGCCAUAAAACAUCUGGGGCUGCUUCGGUGCCGACCUGGAAAGCCAUGGAGCCCAACUACAUCAGAGGAAACCAUUUUGGAAAUGGUGAAUGUCCUCAUUCACCUUGAGGAUGAGGAUGAGGUGGCUGAGGCGGCAAAGGUCACACUGCAACAGCUUGUCCCACAAGUGAGCUGGAAGGUAGCACCCACAAUGUAUAGCCUACACCAUGUGCUCCAUCAGGCUGCAAAACACUUGACUCGAACAUACAACAAGGAACUUGUAAGAGGUGCUGCAUUGUGCUGCAUUCUUCAUCCCAACAUUCAAGGAGUUGCAGUAUUCAAAGUGGCAGCAUGUUUCGUGGGACACCUGGCUCACAAGAAGGGAGACUUCCUUAAAAAGGAAGACAUACAGUCCUGUUCCACAUGGCUUGAAACAACAAAUCUUUAUGAGGAGGAGGAACUCACAAAGGUGGGUGUGCAGACUUUCCAUAUUGUCCAGAGGGCUUUCCGUUCAAGAAGAGGCUUCUGUCGUGUCAUGUGGAAAUGUACAGGAAAGUGUACAGUACAGCCAAAAUACCCACCUGAGUACAUUCAAUGAAAAUUUAGGAAGUAUGUGCUUCAAACUAUUAGACUGCGCCUUUUUGCAUGAAUUUCUCCUUAUGGUCAUUUAUUUUUGAGACAUAACACAUUAUCUAGUUAAGUACAUCCAGAACUUCAGAGAAGUUGUAAUGUUUUCCUCUUUUGUAAAAAUCUGGCCUGUGUUAAUAAAGAUAGCAAC